AUGAACUUAUCCUCAGCUCCAGAGGUGACUCUUGGUCUUCCUUUCCUGGGGCGGUCCUCAUUUCCUGGAAGCAUGCAUGCUCUCCGGGUGACCGUGUUGCUCUGUUCCCUCCUGCUCAGCUUCCUGUCUCUUACAGGAGCGGAGGAGAGCGAAGCAGCCGGCAGGAGGGAGGAGGAGAGGGAGAAACGAAGCCUACCCUACUGGGGCCUGUGGUCAUCAGACUUUUUCGGGUGGUUGGAGGAGCUUCGAGCUCAGGCAGCUCACGAGGGGAUGAAGGACCUGGCGCGUACAUUCUGGGCUCACUUCCCCAUUGGCACCGAGCUGGGCUACGACAGUCCUGAGUCUGACCCUCAAACUGAGGAGUGA